AUGACGUUGAUUAAAGGAGGUCGUCUCCUCCAUCAAUUUAUUGUGGACGUCUAUACAACAAUUGAAGAGGAUCGACUGAGGUGGGCGAGAAAUAACCAAGAUAUUUUGAGAGCCGAGCUCUACAGUAAUGUCCUUGAUGCUGUAAGCAAAGGUGAAACUGAUGCUAAUGUUAUUGGCCAGAGGUUUAUACUGCCGCCAAGUUUCACCGGCGGCCCCCGGUACUUAGUGGAAAAAUACCACGACGCAAUGGCUAUUUGCAGGGAAUUUGGCAAUCCAGAUUUAUUUAUCACAAUGACUGCCAAUCCUAACUGGAGCGAGAUUAAAGAGCAUAUUGGGAAAUAUGGUGGAGAUUCUCCUAAUGAUAGACCAGACAUUGAAUGUCGGGUUUUUAAAAUGAAGCUAGAUCAACUACUCAAGGAUUUCAAAGCAGGAACUUUCUUCAAGCCAUACAAGGCAGCUCUCCACCGAAUAGAAUUUCAAAAAAGAGGUCUCCCUCAUCCACAUAUAUUAUUGUGGUUAGGAAACUCUACCAGAACACCGAGUGCAGAAGAAGUGGAUGAAAUAAUUUUAGCCGAGCUCUCAAACAAAGAGGAAGACCCACCUGCUUACGACUUAGUCAUGAAACACAUGAUCCAGGGUCCAUGUGGGCUCUUUAAUCCGAAGUCACCGUGUAUGGAAAAUAACAUGUGCACGAAAAAGUAUCCUCGGCCGUAUAACGACAACACUUCAAUUGACAAAUCCGGGUAUGUGUUAUAUCGUCGACGCCGAAACGACGAUGCGUGUACAUUAAAGGCUAGGGCUGUACUAGACAACACCUUUGUCGUACCUCAUAACAUUAAGCUUCUGAAGAAGUACGAAGCUCAUAUUAAUGUUGAAUGGUGUAAUCGUACAAGCGCGGUGAAAUACUUAUUCAAGUAUAUAACCAAGGGCGUUGACCGAGCAACAGCUGUUAUUGAGAAGGGAAAUACAACAACUACAUCUGACGCCACGGGAUCCGGAGGAUCAAAGGAGAAAGUCGUCAGGCAACGCAAUGAGAUCCAAGACUACAUUGAAGCCCGAUAUUUGUCAGCUUGUGAGUCUAUGUGGCGGACUUUCGCAUUCCACAUACACAAAAGAAAGCCAUCAGUUGAAAAGCUUAUCAUUCACUUGGAAGACGAACAUAAUAUUACGGUUAAAUCAACAGAUAACCUCGGCCGUGUAAUCCACAAACCAGGUAUCGAGAAGACAAUGUUCACUGAAUGGAUAGUUUUAUGCAGAAGGUCAGAGUUUGCGCGGACACUAACAUAUGUGCAGAUUCCUGAAUAUUUUGUAUGGAACAACAGUGCUAAGGUGUGGACUAAACGUAAGAAAGGAAAAACCAUUGGCCGAGUCGUAACUGUCCAUCCUUCAGCAGGUGAUCGAUACUAUCUGAGGGUCCUCAUUAAUAAGAUUAAGGGUCCUAGAAGUUACGACGAGCUAAAAACAUACAACGACGUGAAAUACAACGACGUGAAAUACCCUGUACAACGACGUGAAAUACCCUGA